AUGGCAACUACAAUCAAUCCAUUGGAAUCACAAAGUUUGAGAAAAUUACCUUCUCAAAUACUGGUAAAUCUGAGGGAAAAUGCAAAUACAAUUGUAAUAAAGAAUGGCAAAGAGGUUGAAAUCCUGGUUAAGGCAGCCCCCUCAUCAUCAGAGCAAGGAAAGGAUAAGGAUGUCACUUCAAACAAGGGUGCUUCCGACAACGAUGAUGCUCCCAAACAAUCUAAGAAAGAUGAACAAAAUAAAGAACUAUAUAAAACUCUCCGUAAAUGUGAGGUUAACAUUCCAUUGUUAGAUGCCAUUAAACAAGUACCUCGCUAUGCUAAAUUUUUGAAAGAAUUGAGAAAACAGAAACUCAAAGGUGACACUGAGUUUGAGAAGGCCAUGUUAGGCUUAAGAGCAUUUAUAAAUGUCAUGCCAUAUUUCAUUUAUACUUCUUUGAAACUUGGACCUUUAAUUAAAAUCGGUGUGAUAAUUCAAUUAGCUAAUAGAUCAAAUGCAUAUCCAAAGGGUAUGAUUGAGGAUGUACUUGUGCAAGUUAAUGAAUUGUUUCGAAUGAAAAGCCUCUACCUUCUAUUUUGUAGGCCUCCCACUCUGGAUUUAAAGCAUCUCCCCAAUCACCUCAUAUAUGUAUUCCUUGGAGAUGGAAGAACAUUACCAGUGGUCAUCUCGAAUGAAUUGAGUACAUCGCAGGAAGAAAAACUGGUACAGGUUCUCAAGGAGCAUCGAAUAGCUAUUGGUUGGACAAUUGCAAACAUCAAGGAAAUCAGCCCAUCCACAUGCAUGCAUCGCAUUUUGCUUGAAGAAAGAGCAAGGUCCUCCCAUCAAUGUCAAAGAAGAUUGAACCCACCCAUGAUAGAUGUCGUGAAGAAGGAAAUCCUCAAGCUUUUGGAAGUUGGAGUGAUUUAUCCUAUCUCUGAUAGCAAUUGGGUCAACCCAGUUCAAGUGGUUCCUAAGAAGACUAGGAUAACUGUUGUGAAGAAUCAAAACAAUGAAUUAGUUACCACCCUGCUCAAACUAGGAGGCGGCUAUCCAAGUUAUUUUCAGAUUGCAAUUGCCCUAGAGGACCAAGAAAAGACAAUAAUAGAAAUCUUUAUGGAUGACUUUACAGUCUAUGGGGACUCAUUUGAUAACAGUUUUUAUAACUUUGUGUUGGUCCUUAAAAGAUGCAUGGAAACCAACCUUGAACUAAAUUCUGAAAGAAAGUCACUUUAUGGUUUCUACUACGGAUUUAUUAAGGACUUUUUCAAAAUAGCACUAUCCCUAUGCCAAUUGUUACAAAUGGACAUGGCUUUAGAGUUUGAUGAAACUUGUAAAAAGGUAUUUGAUAAACUCAAGGAGAUAUUGACUUCUGCGCCAAUUAUCCAACCUCAUGACUGGAACUUUCCCUUUGAGAUAAUGUGUGAUGCAAGAAACUUUACAAUGGUUGCAGUGUUGGGUCAAAGAAUUGGAAAUUCUUUACAUGGUUUCCAGGACUCUAAAUGA